AUGAAGAUUUCUGUCAAAAUUCUAACAAUAUUGGUAGUGCUUGUUGUAAACAACCUGAUAAUCUUGGUAAAAAGUUCAUGUCCUGAAUAUGGUGCUUAUUAUAAAGGGACAUUUUGUUGGGCAGCAAAUGGAUUAGUUUGGUGGGAAGCUAAUAGCUGGCAAGAAUGCAGAGAAAGAUGCAAAAGUAACUUGUUUAGUGCGGUUCCAUGUAAAACUUUUGCGUGGGAUAGUAAAGGUGGUAUGUGUACUUUACAAAAUGGUGAUAGAGAAUGUAAAGAAAAUAAUCAAAAUUUCGUUUCAGGUUAUCCAGAUGUUGAUGUUACUGGUAGCUGUGCAACGACAUGUACUGUUGGAGCCUGGAGUGAAUGGUCUGAUAGUUGUAUUCCAAAAGUAUAUGGUGGAAUUACUUAUAGGACAAGAAAAGUUGUAAACAAGCCAAAAUAUCCGUUAGAGAAGUGUCCACAUCUUCAAGAAGUUGUCAAUUGUAGUGAUCGUAACUGGGGUAAAAUGAAUACUGCUCAAUUAAAUGACGAGAAUUCUGCCUUAAAUUAUGUAUUGAGUGGAAAAAUUUUACAAUCUGCUCUUGGUAGAGACACUUCAGCAUCAAAUUGUCCAAAUUACGAUGUAGGAGUUUUGGGUUGGGGAUGUACCUUGGAUGAUGACUUGAAUUAUGGAAACUUGUUAAAAACUGAAAGCUAUACUUGGCAAGACUGUUUAAAUAGAUGUAAACAAAGAUCCGACUGUAAAUAUUUCAAUUUCAGAUCUACCGGUACAGGAUCUUCUCCGUGUUAUCUUAUUUUAGGUGAUAUUGGCUGUAGUUUCCACUCCAUUGGUUGGAUUAGUGGAAGUAAAGAUUUAUCCGUGAAAUACGGAGAUUGCGACAUUAACUGUGUCCUAGGUGAAUGGUCACAGUGGAGUGGUUGUGAUUCCGCUCUUUGCACUGAUGGAAAGGCAUAUAGUAAGCGAACAAGACCAAUUUUAACUUCACCAAGAGGAUCAGGUGUAGCCUGUCCAAAAACUAGAGAUCUCAAAGAAUGCACUAGCUCAUACACAUGCAUGGCAAAUUCAUGUGUUGUAGGUCAAUGGUCAUCUUGGACAAAAUGUAGUGAAGGUUGUGGUCAAACAGCUAGGAGAAGAACAGUUCAACAAAUCCCAUCUCCAGGUGGCAUUCCUUGUCCUCAUUUGUUUGAAGUCUCAUUUAAUGAUAAUUGCGAUUAUAGUGGAAAUGAACUUCAAAGAAUCACAUGUUCGAUAUUUUCGCCUGGUAGUUGGGGUCCUUGGUCUCAAUGUAGUUCCAGUUGUGGUGGUGGAUACAAAGUUAAAACCAAAGUUUUGAGGUUAUACUCUGCUCUAGAAAGCUGCAAUCAACAACAGUGCAGUGUUUACAAUGUUGAAAAAUGUGACAUCCCCUUUUCCCAAAGUUCCCUUUAUUCACAAUUCAACAGACUUUGUCUCGUUACUGGCUAUUCAAAUUCAAAAGAUAGGAUUGUAUUACUCACCAGUUAUGGCACUAAAGUAUGA